CAUGAAAUGUUAAACAACUCUUUACCUGCAUGCAAUCCCUUGAGUUUUCUAGCCGUGGGAGACUGAUUACUUACUCUAGUGCUAUAUUUAUCAAUCCUUCAAACCAUAAAAGGUCGGGACUCUGGUUUUACAUUCCACUGACGGGAGGCAUUAUUUUUGUACAGAACUCUGCAGCCGCUUUCCCCGAAACAUCACACCGAGCGUUCUCUCUAGUAUAUACAACAAAAUCCCAGAAAACAUUUGACAUUUGAUUCCUGAGAAUUCAUACAACGUAAGAGUUGGAUAUUACGUUGCCAGCAUGUCCUCGCUAUCAUUACCUUUUUACCAGAAGCACCACCGGCACUAUGACCGUAACUAUCGUAGUAGCCAGUUGCAGUCCGCUAUGCAAGACUACCGCCUGGAGGAAAAGCGCAAAAUUACAACUCACUCCCACGGCCACGAACAUGUCAGCAGAAAUAUUGCUGUAAAGGAUGAAAAGCUCAAACAGUCAGAAGGAUACUUUGGUGGUGAGUUUCAGCUCUUCCAAAAGGAUACUAGUGAAGAACAUAACAUUGCAAGGACUGCAGUACAUAAGUCAAGAAAAGUAGCCAUCCGGGAGUCUGCUGAACGCAUUUCACUGAAUAAGCAGAUUCAUGAGACUGAAGAAUUUCACAAAAGACUGAAAGAAGACAGCCUGCUUCGUUUGCCUGAAUUUAUAAUCAAGCCUAGAUCCCAUACAGUCUGGGAAAAGCAGAAUGUGAAGCUACAUUGCACUGUCUCAGGAUGGCCUGAACCCCGAGUCACAUGGUACAAAAACAAUGUGCCCGUUAAUAUCUACACUGACCCUGGGAAGUACGUCAUUGAUAGUAAAUAUGGCAUUCAUUCCUUGGAAAUUAACAAUUGUAACUUUGAUGAUACUGCCCAAUAUCAUGCUUCUGCCAUGAAUGCCAAGGGAGAACUUUCAGCUUAUGCAUCAGUUGUGGUGAAGAGGUUCAAGGCUGAACAUGAUGAUUUCUCAUUCCAUCCGGGAAGAUAUGGAAUUCCUUCCUAUGACUACUUCCCUGGGGAUUCUCACGUGAAGUUUGAUGUGCAUAUUGUUGAAAAGUUCGGUGUGUCAUUUGGUAUGGAAGGAGAGACGAUGAGUUUGGGCUGCGCUGUCAUUGUUCACCCCAGUCUAAAGCGAUUUCAGCCAGAGAUCCAGUGGUGGCGUGAUGGUAUUCAGUUACAUCCGUCCAAAUGGGUUCAGAUGCACUGGAGUGGUGAACAUGCCACACUAACUCUUACUCACUUAAACAAAGAGGAUGAAGGGUUGUACACAAUGCGUGUGCUGACGAAGUCUGGUUAUGAACUCCAUAGUGCCUAUGUGUUUGUGAGAGAUAGUGAUGCGGAGGUUGCUGGAGCCCCAACUGCUCCCUUAGAUGUCUCCUGUUUGGACGCCAAUAAGGAUUAUGUCAUUGUCAGCUGGAAGCAGCCAGCAGUUGAUGGCGGAAGCCCGAUCUUUGGGUACUUUGUUGACAGAUGUGAAGUUGGAACCACUCAUUGGGUUCAGUGUAAUGACACCCCAGUGAAAUUUGCCCGCUUCCCUGUCACUGGAUUGGUGGAGGGACGCUCUUACAUCUUUCGUGUACGUGCUGUUAAUAAGGUUGGAAUUAGCAGACCUUCCCGUGUGUCUGAUCCUGUGGCAGCCUUGGAUCCUUCUGACAGAGAUAGGCUGAAGGGCAUGCCAUUAGCCCCCUGGACUGGUCAGAUUAUUGUAACAGAAGAAGAACCAGCAGAAGGAAUUGUCCCUGGAAAACCUACAGAACUUACGGUGACUGAAGCCACCAAAAAUUAUGUUGUCCUGAGCUGGAAACCACCCGGUCAACGCGGCCAUGAGGGUAUCGUGUAUUAUGUGGAAAAGUGUGUGGCAGGCACUGAGGACUGGCAGAGAGUUAAUCCAGAAAUCCCCGUGAAGUCUCCACGCUUUGCAUUGUUUGAUCUGGCUGAGGGUAAAUCAUACCGUUUCCGUGUCCGCUCGGCUAACUCUGCUGGUAUUGGUGAGCCUUCUGAAGCAACAGAAUUUACUGAAGUAACAGAUAAACUUGAUGUUCCGAAAGCACCUGGUCAUAUUAUACCUUCAAGGGACACAGACACUUCUAUGGUCAUAAGUUGGGAAGAAUCAAAAGAUGCAAAGGAGUUGGUUGGAUACUAUAUUGAAGGAAGCAUCAAUGGAUCUGGAAAAUGGGAGCCAUGCAAUAACAAACCAGUGAAAGGAAAAAGGUUUAUAUGUCAUGGGCUACACACCGGGGAGUUAUACAAGUUCCGAGUCAGGGCUGUCAAUGCAGCUGGCCUCAGUGAAUACUCACAGGAAUCUGAGGCACUGGAAGUCAAGGCAGCUUUAGGAGGAGGAGUGCCUCAUGGUGUGUUUCCUGAACAAAGUGGUAACAUUGAUGGACUAACAGAAAGGCGUGCACGCUGGGAUUGCAAGCAUGAGGCAUCUCAGCCCGCACGUCACACUUUACUAAGUAGUGAUGCUGUGCUUAACAGACACCAGCUACCCACUGGCUCUGAUAAUUUGCCAUACACAGCACCAGAUACUUCAAAGGAGGUAAAUGCAAAGUGGACAAGCGAGCCUAAUCACAGGAGCUCAAAGGUACAAGAUAUGCAUAAGGAGGGUAUAAAGGUACCAGACAUACAUGAAAAGGUUCCAAACAUACAAGAUAAACAUGGGAAGGGCCUAAAGGUAGAAGAUAUGCACAAGAUUGGUUCUAACAUACAAGAUGGAAGUGAGAAAGGCCCCAGAGUACAAGAUGUGCACGUGGACAAUCUAGCUGCUCCAGCUCCACCUUAUGGAAUAACAGUGCUUGAAAGUGUCCGUGAUUCAAUGGUGCUUGGAUGGAAGCAACCCAAAUUCCACGGUGGUUCUGACGUCACUGGCUACUUUGUGGAUUAUCGUGAAAUUAUUAAUGAUAAACCUGGAAAAUGGAAAGAAGCCCAUAUCAAAGCUAUCAGCGAUCGAGCAUACAGAAUCAAUGACCUAAAGGAGAACAUGACAUAUCAAUUUCAAGUUCGUGCGGGCAACGUGGCUGGAAUUGGUUUACCUUCUGAACCGAGUGAUAAGUUUAAGUGUGAAGAAUGGACCAUUGCUGUUCCAGGGCCACCCCAUGAUCUUAUGUACACUGAGGUCAGAAAGAACUCAGUGGUCCUCACCUGGAGAGCUCCAGUAUAUUCAGGACGUAGUGAGGUGAGAGGGUACUAUGCUGAUGUCCGGGAGGCAGAUGCAGAUGAAGAAAAAUGGACAAGUGUCAAUGAGAAGGCAAUAUUGAAGAGAUUCGUAAAGGUACAAGGACUGAAAGAAGGUGUGAGCUAUGUUUUCCGUGUACGGGCUGUGAACAUGGCAGGUGUUGGAAAGCCAUCUGAUUUAACAGAGCCAGUCACUGCAGAAACAAGCCCAGGUACCAAAGAAAUUACUGUAGAUGUGGAUGACAAUGGAGUCAUUUCCCUGAUCUUUGAGUGCACUGAUAUGGCUGCAGGUUCAAAAUUCAUUUGGUCUAAGAAUUAUGAAGAACUUAUUGACUCAUCAAGAGUUACUCUAGAGAGCAAAGGUGGAAAAACAAGACUAAUUUUCAAUGACCCAGGAAAAGAAGAUUUGGGUGUUUAUUCUUGUGUGGUCACUGAAACAGAUGGAGUUUCUUCCAGUUAUACCAUAAAUGAAGAAGAGCUCUUACGUCUUCUUGAAAUUAGUCAUGAACAUAAAUUCCCAGUUGUACCUCUGAAGUCAGAGCUAGCAGUUGAGCUCCUGGAUAAAGGACAAGUACGCUUCUGGUUGGAGGCUGAACGGCUCUCUCCAAAUGGACAAUGUAAAUUUGUAUUUAAUGACAAGGAAGUUAAAAAUGAUGAGAAAUAUAAAAUAAAGGUUGAUCAUAAAACCGGUUUGGUGGAAAUGAUAAUGGAGAAAUUGGAGGAUAUAGAUGAAGGUACUUACACUAUACAACUACAAGAUGGCAAAGCAAAUAACCAAUCAAGUCUGGUGCUGAUUGGAGAUGUGUUUAAAAACCUGCAGAAAGAAGCAGAGUUUCAGAGAGGAGAGUGGCUCAGGAAACAAGGUCCUCAUUUUGUUGAGUAUCUUAAAUGGGAAGUUACAAGUGACUGCAAUGUACUUUUGAAAUGCAAGGUGGCUAAUAUUAAAAAGGAGACAUCAAUCAUCUGGUACAAAGAUGAUAGAGAGAUAAUGUUUGAUGAGAAGCAUGACUUCAAAGAUGGUGUGUGUACUUUAUUGGUGCAACAGUUUUCAAAGAAGGAUGCUGGUACUUAUGAACUUGUGCUGAAAGAUGACAGAGGAAGAGAUUCAAGUUUCCUCCGUCUGCUUGAGAAAGCUUUCAGUGAUGUGAUAAGUGAAGUUUGUCGUAUGGCUGCUCUGACUGCAACUGAUGUGAAGGUACAGAGUACAGAGCAUGGUAUCAGACUGUACUCCUUUGUUUCUUACUACCUGGAGGAUUUGAAGACCAUGUGGUACCACAAGGAUACAAAACUAGCAUCCACAGACAGAGUGAAGAGUGGCAUUACAGGCGAGCAGAUCUGGCUGCAGAUUAAUGAGCCCACUGAGAAAGAUCAGGGAAAAUAUACAAUGGAACUCUUUGAUGGAAAAGAAGGUCACAAAAAAUCAGUUGAAUUAACUGGAACUGUAUUUGAAGAAGCAUUUGCAGAAUUCCAGAGGCUGAAACAAGCUGCAAUUGCUGAAAAAAAUCGUGCUCGAGUUAUCGGAGGUUUGCCUGACGUUGUCACAAUUCAAGAAGGGAAGUCACUUAACCUUACUUGUAAUGUCUGGGGAGAACCUGUUCCUUCGGUUUCCUGGUUGAAGAAUGAAAGGGAACUGUUAGGAGAUGCUCAUCUGAUACUGAAGUUUGAAUCUGGAAAAUUUGCUUCCUUCAUCAUCACCGAUGUCAGGACCACAGACUCUGGCAGAUAUAGCAUCCUUGUGAAAAACAAAUAUGGCACUGAGACAGGCGAUUUUACAGUAAGUGUUUUCAUACCUGAGGAAGAGGAGCAAAUUGAAAAGGAAAAAGCACAAAAGGAAAAAGCACCAAAGAAAAAGUGAGGCAGUUGUAUUGAGGAAGAUAAAAGAAAACAAACAAGCUGAAGCUAACAUAUUAUCAGCAGUGUGUAAGUUUUGACAUGGAGGUUAGUUUGUCACUUGGUGAGACUGGAGGAAUGACUUUCAAGAAGCAAUUUUAUAGACUUACAGCAAGUCUACUAGUCACUGAGUGCAUCUGAAAAAUUGAGUUAGAGAAGUAGAAUUCCAUAAGAUAGUUUUUUAGCAACUGUUUUUUGUGUCCCAAAUAUCAAUGUGAACACCAAAUGAUGACAAUGUUGUAAUGAUUAAAAUCCCAGAACAAUUCACUAAUAAAUGGUGCACAAAUCCUUCACACCUACCUCCACUUAUUUUGCACUGUGUCUUCUUUUGUGGAAUAUUAUCACAAUAGUUCACAACUUCCUGGUUCAUUGGCUCCCAUGCUGUGCUAAAGGUUGCAGUAUCCCUUGUCCAAUAUAACUUAAUCCAUUCAAAAUCGUAUUCAAAUUGAAAAUUAUUGACGUUAAAUUUGUUCCUUACGUUGCAAGAUUGAUACUGCAGUGAAUUGUACAUGGUUACCAUUCAAUGAUGAGGAUUAUACUUAUUCCUCUUUUGUAGUACUGUCAUGGAAUAGGAUUUGCAUGAACAACAGCAAUUUUACAUGUUGAAGACACUCAUUAGUCAAACUUUAUGCUGCCCUCAUUAAUGGAUUUAUAGGUUUUUCUCUGUUUGCAUGCUUGAGCUCCAGAUGCUGAAUUAGUUUCUGGAAAUAGCUUACCCACAGGAUAAAACUAGCCUAUUACAACAAACUGCAUGUAACUUUCCAAAGAGAACAACUCAUAAAACUCAGUGAUAGAGAUUCAAAAGUGUUGAUGGAUUCCUGUUAUCCGUAAAAGCUCUAUGUCACUUCCUAAUAGGGAUGCUGUAAUUUUCAAAUGUGCAGUAUGGGAGCAUCAAUAGAUUCUAACUGAAAUAGAUAAACACCGGUUUGCCAAUAAUAAUUCUUUGUAUGAAUACACUCAGUAAUCUAACUGAUCAGUCAAUGAUUUCAUGCAAUUUAGUGAGGCACUGCACAUACAGAAUAUAGUGUGUCUUUGUGCUAAAUUGGCAAUUAAUUUACCGUUCAAGGGAGCACUGAAAUAUUAACUCAUCAUUUGAUGUUAAAGAUGUUACUAACACCACACUCAACACAAAAAUAAACAUUAAUUUUCACAUGAAAGAGGGGUGCCUCUUAACCUGAGAACCUUACUAAACUCUCUUGCGUGGAUUAAGAAACUCAAACAGUUAAGAUUUGCUUAAAUGCGCAUAUACAGUGUUUUAAUUUGGUAAUGGGACAAAACUUCAAUUCACAUAUUAUUGAAAAAACAGUAAGGGCAGGAUGUUGAAAGUAGUUAUUGACAAGAUUCAGAAAAAAUAAUUAAUGCAACAAGCAGAGAUGGAGCUUUGAUUUAAAACGUUUGUAAAUUAGUGGAUCCAUCGUGAUAAGCAUGAAUGAAAAGUAAAUCAAAUACAACUUCUACAGGUAUUAUUUACACAAUACCUACAAGGUUAUAUAGGAUUACAUAAAAUCAGACUUACAUUGAGGUGUAAUUAUCAUACCAAACAGAAUCUAUACUGUUUCAUCUUAGUGAAUUUAAGUUAUGAAAAUGAGGCAAGAUUGCAAUAAUUAUGGAGCCAAAGACUUGAAAAAUCAUGAUUAGUUCAAGGUCUGGCAUAUAGCCCAGAAGUUGCAUGACUUUUUCUGCAAACCUUUAUUGUUGCAUAAAAAUCCUAAACAUAAGUAGAGACAGAUGAUGAAUUGCAAAUUGCCGGACAAUUUGUGGCUAGCUUUGCAAAAUCAGAAGCUUGCUGUCAAUCUCUCUGUGAGUAUCAACAAAUUGCUUUUAAUCACAGUUCAGUCUGACUAUGAUCAUUUAGGGCUCUUGUUUCAUGUCAUAAGGACCCCUGUUAAUAUAAUUUAUAUUCCUGACAUUCUGCUGGAUUUCAGAAACCCAGAAAUGAAAAUUAAACUAUAAAACCUCAUUACUGUAAAUCAUAACAUUUUACGUUUCCUUAUUUACCUUUCAUAGUCUUCCUUUCACGGUGUUCUAUUCUCUUCAUUUAUUUCUCACUGUAUCUACUUUUAAGUUUCAUAAUUUAAGGUCAGCGGAUUGGAAAUGUUUGUUUACCUCACUAAACAGUCAUCAAGUUGCAUGGCUAGCAUUUUUCAUAGAAUCACAGAGCAUAGAAAUGGGCCCCAUCAGCCCACCUCUUCCAUGUUGACAAUGAUUCAUAUCUAUGCUAAUCUGAUUUGCCUGCAUUAGGCCUCUAUCCCCCACUUUGUGUCACUGACACACUUUGACCCUCAUAACGCUCUCCAAUAAAGCUAUUUUUGAUUGAAAGUGAGGUAUAGAGUGCCAUUAAAUCUGGCUUAGCAUUCACAUUACGUUUUCCUGUUAUAAUUUAAAAGAAAAAUACUGCAAAUGCUAGAAAUCAGAAAAAAAAAACAAAAUGAUGGAAGCAGCAAGUCAAGGAGCAGACAUUUAAGGUCAAUGUCCUUUUACAAGUUUCUGAUGAAAAUACAAUGGCCUGAGAGCGUAUUUCCAGCAUUUUCUCUCUGUAAUACCUAUUGCAGUUUCAUGUUUUUAGUUGUUUACCGUUGAUGUUUGUGGAUGAUUUUUGAGCAUCAAUCCACAUUUUCCUAGAAGAUCUGUGGAUAAAAAUAUGCGGAGGGAUAUAGAGAAUGCUCAGGUUUUCUUCACUAAUGCAUAUCUGAAAUGAAGGAGGAUGUGAUAACAAAGUUCAUUAUGUACACCAUCAG